AUGACUUUAGAUGUACAGACUAAAAAAACUACUGUUGUUAAUUUUAGUGAGUUUAAUAGUGAUAUAAAUAUUAAAGAAGUAAUACAAACAAAAAAAGCAAAUUAUUUAAUUGAAGAAUUAUUAGGUGAAGGUGGUUAUGGAACUGUAUAUUGUGUUUUAAAUACUAAAGAUAAUCAAAGGUACGCUAUGAAAACAGAAAAAAAACAAUCGGAUAAAAAAUGUCCUAAAUUAAAAAUGGAAGUAAAAGUAUUAAAAGAUUUGGAAAAUGUUAAGCGUGAACGUUCACAUUUUGUGAAAAUGUAUGAUAGAUGCAGAAAGAAAAAUUAUUUUUUAAUUGUUAUGGAUCUUGUUGGAAAAAAUAUACUUGAUUUACGUAAUAAAUCUUCACGCAAAAUAUUUAGUGAAAGCACUAAUUUUAAUAUUGCUAUUCAAUGUUUAGAAGCAUUAGAAGAUCUUCAUAAAUUUAACUACAUACAUAGAGAUGUAAAACCUGCUAAUUUUGCUAUUGGAAUAGAAAAAAAUAAUGAUAUUAUUUAUGUUCUCGAUUUUGGAUUGGCAAGAUAUAUUUUGAAUCAUAAAAAAGAAUUAAAAACACCUAGAGAGAAAUGUAAAUUCAAAGGUACUAUACGUUAUGCUCCAUUAGCAACUCAUAAAGGACUGGAUAAUGGAAAAAAGGAUGAUGUUGAAGCAUGGGUUUACAUGAUUGCUGAAUCAUUACUUCCAUUUGGUUUAACAUGGGGUAGAACAAAAAGAAUUACAGAUGUUUAUGAAAUGAAAAUUAAAUCCAGAAAUGUAGAAAAAUUUCUUUUUCCAUAUGAAAGUUCACAAAAAUUUAAUCAAUUUCUUAAAUACAUUGAUACAUUAACUUAUGCUGAUAAAGUUGAUUAUAUGUAUUUUUAUGAGACAAUAAAAGAGGAAGCUAAAAAACACAAUAUUGACUUAAAUCAACCUUUUGAUUGGAUUAAAAAAUAA